AUGAAGGUGCUAGACAUGGAGGAGGCCAAGAAACAGCUUCUGUUGUCCUUUCCCAUGAUCAUUACCAACGUCUCUUAUUACGCCAUCCCUCUCAUCUCUAUCAUGUUUGCUGGUCACCUGGGUGAGCUUGAGCUUGCAGGCGCCACCCUCGCUAACUCUUGGGCCUUUGUCACUGGUUUUGCUCUCAUGACUGGUCUAGGUGGUGCGCUUGAAACACUUUGUGGUCAAAGAUAUGGUGCCAGGUUAUACAGGAUGUUAGGCGUAUAUUUACAAUCUUCAAUCAUCAUCUCUUUCAUCUUCAGUGUCCUUGUAAGUUUUGUCUGGUUCUAUUCAAAACCCAUACUGGUUUUUCUUCAUCAAGAGCACCAAAUAGCCCAAAUGGCUGGUCUCUACAUGAAGUAUCUGAUCCCUGGUCUCUUCUCAUUCGGCUUCCUGCAAUGCGUUAUCAGAUUUUUUCAGACACAGUAUGUCGUUACACCACUUGUUGUGUGCUCCCUGGUCCCAUUGUUCAUCCAUGUCGGCCUUGCAUAUGUACUGGUUCACCUAACUCCUCUGGGUUUCAGGGGAGUACCAUUAUCAGCCGCUAUAUCAUUGUGGAUAUCGUUGCUAAUGCUGGCCUUCUAUGUCAACUAUGCUAACAAAUUCAAGCAUACAUGGGAAGGUCUAUCCAUGGAAUCCUUCCACUACGUACUACCAAGCAUGAAAUUGGCCAUCCCCUCGUCAAUCAUGGUAUGUCUGGAGUUUUGGGCUUUUGAGAUUCUUGUGAUACUGGCUGGAUUGAUGCCUAACUCAGAGAAAACUACAUCUUUGAUAGCAAUAUGCGUGAACACAGAGGCUGUGAUAUUCAAUAUUAUCUAUGGUUUCAGUGCUGCCGUAAGCACAAGGGUGUCUAAUGAAUUGGGAGCAACAAACGUGGAUAGAGCUAAGAAUGCUGUGACAGUGACUCUCAAACUUUCCAUUGUAGUAGCUCUUAUAGUUGUUAUAGCCCUGUUUCUUGGCCAUAAUAUAUGGGCUGGUCUCUUCAGUGAUAGUCUUGUAAUAAAGAGUGGAUUUGCAUCCAUGACUCCACUUCUUGCCAUCUCUAUGUUUCUUGAUUCGUCACAGGGUGUGUUAUCAGGUGUGUGCAGAGGAUGUGGUUGGCAGCACUUGGCUGCAUGGACCAACUUGGCAGCCUUCUACAUUAUUGGCAUGCCAAUAUCUAUCCUCCUUGGCUUUAAGUUUGGAUUAUAUGCUAAGGGAUUGUGGCUUGGUCUGAUUUGUGGCCUCUUCUGCCAGGCCAGCACCCUUUUAGUGAUUACAUUGCGUAGAAAAUGGACUAGACUGGAGAUCUCUGUGAAUGAACAUAGUGAAAACCCUGAUCCAGAACAGGUUUGA